CGGGACCGGCAGGAUGGAAGAGAAAUUUGCCUGAGAAAUGUGCACACCCUGCCACUCACCUGCCACAAUGUUUCUUAUGAAUACCUCUCCUUUGGUAGCCCUUCAGGGGAAAUGGGAGCCUUUUGUCCAAGCAAGGAGCUGUAGAUACCCUGUCUGUUUCUCAGAGUCUGAAGAUGACAUUGCCAGAACGGCUGUAAGCACCAAAGUGCAGAUGAUCAUCAACAACCUGCAGAGUGAAGAGUCCUCCUUGGGCGCUACCAGUGAAUACGGCUGUAUUUUGCAGGGGGAAAGGAAGGGAGUAAAAAUCAGAAAUCGCAAGCUGAGGGGCAAUGGCAGGCUGCCACCACAGGGACCUGCUAAGUAUGCUCAGCGCAGUUGCCCUGCUGACUCUGAUGGCAUGGAAGUAGAAGAGAGCUCAGAGUUCGGCCCUCUCUCGUUGAAUUCUGACAGCGAUGAUUCUGUUGAUCGAGAGAUAGAGGAAGCUAUUCAAGAGUACUUGAAAAACAAAGGCCAGCACAUCCCACCCUUGCCAGACAAUGCUAAGAGCUUGCGCAGCACCAGUGUAGGCAAGCGUCUCAGAAAGGAAGAUCCUUCCUAUGGCGUGGCUUGUAGCAUGUUCCCUGGCAGUGUCAAAACAGAUGUGAUUCCUCCUCCCCUUGCUGCUGACUUCCUGGGAGAGGAUGUGCUCCAGUGGACCCCCUCUCCUUGCAGUGUGAGCAGUGAUGACUCAUUUGAACAGAGUAUAAAGACUGAGAUAGAGCAGUUCCUAAAUGAAAAGAAGCAGCAGGAAAGAAAGAAGGCUGCCUCUGGGGGAAGUAAGUGUCUGGAUCAGAAAGAGGCACAAGAGACGGUAACAAGUCAGAAGGUUGGAACUAGCAAAGCAAGCCCAAGUUCUUUGAAACGUGGAGGCAAGGCGUUCUUUUUAAGGAGGCAUCCUGAACUGCAGAUCACCAGCUCUCCUCCUAAGUGUUGGAUGCCAAAAACAGCAAAGCUUGUGGAAGUCCAGAAAACAAGCCAUGUGCACCUCAGUGAUCCUGGCGCUGGCUAUUCCUGCAUUCUGGAGCAAAGGAAUGAUAGUGAGAUCAGGCAGAGGUUUUGGAAAGCUGGAGGAGAGCAAGGCCCCGAAAGUGUGAAUUCAUCUGAUUCAAGUAGUGAUGAUGGUAUUGAAGAAGCGAUUCAGCUUUACCAGCUAGAAAAAAUCAGAAAAGCAGCAAAUGCCCAAGCUGGCUGUGUUCCUUCUCAGAGAGAAGAGUUUGGGGCUGGGGGGCUAGCCGAUAUAUCUGCAAGCCUGACAAUCCAUUCAGAGAAAAGUGCCUUGCCAGAAAACCCUGGAACAACUCUAAGUGGCAAGAAGAAACAGGUUGGCUCAAAGCCUACAGAAUUAAAUAGGAUCAGCACCAUCUGUAACGAGCUGGGGAAAGGCAGACGGUGCAGUUCUCUAGCAAAUGAUUUUGCCAGUGGUGCAAUCACUUCAUCACAGACCUGCAGAGCAGACACUGCUGCUGAACUCAUGUGUGCAGAAGCCAUCCUGGACAUCUCCAAAACCAUCUUGCCACCCCCCGUGGCAAGUGGCAGCAGAUCCCUCCUGGCAGACCCUUCCUUCCUCUCGCAGAGUGUCCCUCCUUCCCACCAAGAGAGUGACAGUAAUGCUGUGGACAGUGAUGACAGCAUUGAACAAGAGAUAAGGGCUUUUUUGGCUAUCAAAGCACAGACCGAACGUUUGAUCACAAAAUCUGAUGAGACUUCAAGUGCUACCCCAAAUCCUCUGUCUUGUGGGCAGCUGGAUGGUCAAACCAGGAGUCCUAAGCGGUCCGUUCCCUUAAAACUAUUCCUGGAUCAUAAAAGGCAGCUUAAACAGGAAAGCAGCGCAUCAAGACAGAGACAGGUUGAACAAGGGACACUGUUAAAGAUGGCCUGUAGCCCUCUGGAUAAUGAGAAGCAUUCAAAACUCUUCAUGUCACAGAAGGAGACAGUUCGGAGCAAUGUGAAAAACAGUGAAAUGGGCAGAGCUGCAAGGCAGCAAGAAAUCACUCCAGUCGCUGUCACUCCUGUGGAUUUUGUUACCCCUCUCUCACAGGGACUUCUGGGCACAGGGGGGUUUCUAAAAAAUGCAAGACAAGCUCUGCAGAAAUACAGUCUAGAUGACAAGAGCAGCUCUUUAGACAGUGAUGAGGAUCUGGAUACAGCCAUCAAAGAUCUCUUAAGGUCAAAACGGAAGCUAAAGAAAAAAUCUAAAGACCAAAAAAUUCAGUGCAAGAAGAAAGUGAGAUUUGGUAAUGCCGAGAUGCAUAUUUUUGAAGAUAAAUUUGAAGUCCUCCAAGAAAAAACCUCCAAAUCCAAAAAUCCCACGUUGCUAAAAAGCUGCCUCAUGAGAUCCAGAAGAAAUAUUAGGGAAGAAAGUACACAGAAGGCAUCCCAGUACAUUGUGAAAGGAAGACCCAAAAGUGCGGGGGCCGUUCAGCUGGCAUUAACCGUGGAAAAGGGAUGCCCACCAGUUUCUGAGCCAGACAACCAAGCAGCAGCAGCAGCAAGUGCUCAGCAUCCUUGGACCGACACGCCUGUGCUGGAAGAUGGCAGUUCUUUGGAUAGCGAUGACAGCAUUGAACAAGAGAUUCAGAGGUUCUUGGCAAAAAAGGCCAAAGAUUCCUCAAGUACUGUGGAAAUAGCUGGGGCUUUCGAAAUUGUCAACACUGUGAAAACUGCUCGGCCAAAAGCAAAGCGCCAGCAGCAGUUGGAAGGUGGAGACACUGUCUUAUCAAAGCUGAAUAAGAGGGCAAAGAAGGGAUGUCAACCAAUGACUGAGUUGAGAAGCUCUCUGAGAACUGAAAGAGAGGAGGCAGAAAAGAGUUCUCAAACUGGUGAUCAAACUAGAACCUGCAGAAAAGUCAUUUACAGCCAAGAAAUAGUGAAAUUACAGGGAAACCAGGGAAUUGUGCAAGCCGAGGUUGCUGGUUUAUCUGUAGAGAGAAUGGGAGUAGACAGGCAGGGAGUCUCUGAUGGCAAGCUUGUUCAGAGAAGUCUUCCAUCUUGGAAGGAAAAGGCUGAGAAUGGCAAACUGCACAAUUAUUUUAAGCCUGUGUCGCUUUUCAGAAGGAAGAGCCCACAUGAGUUCAAAAUUUCCAGCAAGUUUAUAGCAGGCUUCAGAAGUGCCCAGAAGAAGGGGAAAUCUGUGCUUUUGAGGAAAAGUCAGAGCUCAGAACUGUCAGUACCUCAGAGCCGUAUGUUCAGGAGGCAGGAAGGUCUGCUAGGUGAGAGAUGUAAAGCUCCUGCGCAGAAAGGGAUCCUGGGUUCCAGAAGCAAGGCAGAAGAGGCAGACUUAUAUCAAAGGUGCAUGGCAGAAGAGUUCUAUUCCCCUGGGUCAGAAAAAAUGGAGGUUGUCUCUUUAAGCGUGGGAGGGGUCAGUGUUGCCAAAGCCAAGCCUUUGGGUGAUGAAGAGCCUUGUUCCCAUUCAGAUCCAAAGCAAAGCUCUCUUCUGCAGGAGCCCAGUGCGGAUGAUGCCAAGGGGGUUAAUGUUAGCUCAGCACCAUCUGAAAUUCCUGUAAAGGAAAAGGAAGGGAAAGUCCAAGAUCACAGCAACAGCUGGGAGGGACUCAGUGCCCCCAAGCCUGGUAUCUCACCAUGGAAAGAGAGAGUGUUGCUGACCCCUCAAGAGAGAAUAGCUGAGAAGGAAACCCAUAAAGAUUUCGAGGGAGGGCCUGCAGAAUUCACAGAUGUCCCUGUGGUGGCACACGCCUAUUGCCUGCAGAAAAACAAGCUCACCAGUUUGUAAGUACUUUUUGUUUUACAACACCAUUUUGUCAUUGUUAAAGUAAUUGAGAAGAUUGUGUCCUACUGCAAGAGGUGAGGGUUUUAAGAAGAUGGAUGUGAGUGCGCUUCUUCCUCUCCUGUGACUUUGGGAACUGGGAUACAAGGACUGGGCAGCUGGUGGACUCCGUGGCCGCAGAUCCUUCUGUCCGUGGUGCGAAGGACACUUGUGCUGUCCUUCAUCCAUUACAAAAACAAAUGCUUUUUGCCUGACAGAUUGAUCUCUGCUCAUGCUGUGAUGCAAACUGCCCUCUCAGUGUCUUAAUGGAACUUGAAACCAAAAGAGAAAAGUGGGAAAUGCUGAUGGGCCCAACUGUGCUCACAGUGCAAAGAAGUCGAUGUGUACUGAUUUUUUUCUCUCUUUUGGUAGAAUUUGAAAAAAAUAUUUAAAAGGUGCUUUAAGGAAAUCUUUUUAAUAAUAGUUUAUAGUGCACAGCUAACUACGCAGAGCUGUAGUUGUCAUAUUUAUUGUAAGUUAUGGUCAUAAUCGUGGUUUGUUAUGCUUUAAAUGAUGAUGCACUUAAGCAUUAACUGCCUCCCGUUGUGCUUUUGAAUGAUUCAUCCAUUGUGAACAGCUGGGGUUGAAGGAAGAGUCUCAAUGACACAUUUUUGGAUUAUCACAAAAAUUAAGCUAAUUUAGGAUGCUUUUGUUCUGCUUUUAAAAAACUAUUUAUUUAUGGGAUGACAAUACCUGCCAGUAGACCUCCUCUCAGGGCUUGACCUAGAGAGACCUUCCUGUGCUUUGUGACCCCGUGGAAGCAUCAGAGCUACUUAUAACACCCCCCCCCUCGACUCCUGCAUUCUUCUUCUCAUCGCAAUGAAUGGGAUACGGAUAUAAACAUUCACUGGGUUAGGGUGCAUUUAUCAUCCGAAGAAUUGUUUGCGUUUCUGACCCUUGUACAGCUUGGCUGCUGUGACCUGCCCUGGCUGUCCAGGGUCUCAGGCUGAGAAAGGCCUCUCUCCCUCCCUGAGAUCCUGUGACAUGGGAGACGCUUGCUGGGUGCAAAGCAGGUGUCCUGCUAAGAACCCACUUUUUGUUGAUGCCUUUGGAAGUUUCUUCCAAAUUGGAAUCUGAUGCCAGGCAGUCGAGGGAUGUGUGAACUUUAGGGAUACUUGAUACUCAGUGGGAUUGUUGCAAUCAAGCAAAAACCACCUGCAUUUAAAAAAAAAAAAAAAAGCUAUCAGUGGCAGAGUGGCCAAAGUUGGUCUGGGCCUCUGCAGGAAAAAUUGUGUGGAAGAGGGGUACCAUGUUGCCCCCCUGAUCCAGUCCCCUCCACACACAAACACGAAUGUCAUGACACCCCCCUUCCCCCAAAAAGGAGAUGUGGCUCCCCCACUAUAAUUUGCAAUUUUGCCCCAAGGAAAAUGGAUUUAUUAAAUAAAAAGUAUAAGGUGUACAUCUGCCCAAAAAAGCAAGUGGCAGAAGGUUAUGGCCCACUGCUAAAGUCAGUGUGUGCUGGGGAGGGGGGGCAGCCUCAGAUUACUAAACGAAGUUACACCCAUCUGAGCCCACUGACUUGAAUUCACUUUGAAGGGUGUAAUUGUACUUUGUUUGGAUUUUCAAGUGGCAUUUUAUUUUUUUAAAUGUAGAUAGGAUUAAAUUUAUGUGAACACCCAGUUUUUUCAUUUGAUUGUACAGAGUCUUCACUGAAGUAGACCGGAAGGUUGCAGGAAUGUGGCUGCCUCCUAGGAGGGCGGGAGGGGGGUAUAAGUUCCCUUUGUGUUGUUUUCCAUUUGAAUUGCUAUAACUUGUUGCUUGUGAUUUUGAUGUUAUCUGAUUUUGAGGAGCACUUUUUAAAUUUUUUACAAAAUGUAUAUAUAAGAAAUUAUGUACAUUCAUACAUUUAUAAAACUUAAUAAACUGGGUUCAGACUAAGAACCAAAACUUACCU